GGGCGGGGCACUUCCGCCGGCGGGGAAGCGGCGCGGGACGGGGCCGGAGGUGAGGGACCGGGAUCGGGUUGUGUGCGGCCGAGUGUGAUCCAAAGCAGGGGUUGCUCUUGCUGACUCUUCAGCGUUCAUAAGAGAGCGGAGAAGAUGGUGAAUGUUCUGAAAGGUGUUCUGGUUGAGUGUGACCCGGCAAUGAAGCAGUUUCUGCUCUACUUGGAUGAGUCAAAUGCUUUGGGAAAGAAGUUCAUCAUACAAGACCUGGAUGAAACUCAUGUCUUUGUGUUUAGCUGAGUUUGGUCAACUUCCUCCAGGAGAGAUGGGCGAGUAAUGGACCAGAACUCGUUUCCUAUUACUCAGAAGUGAGACAAACCAGAGAAAAUGAGAUUACUGCAAGUUUUGGAAUAGUGAAUUUCAAUAGUUUGGAUGUUACUGUUUUAAUAAUAACACUGUGGCAUGUAAGUCCAAUCAUAGAAGUGGCUACUAUAGAAAAUGCAUCAUUUCAUAGACAAAAUAGUCUGGAAUUGGAUUUUGUUUCUCAUUUUGAAAGAAUGUGGUAUCUGUAUUAAAAGACUUAAAAUGAUA